AUGAUUGAAUAUGGUACUGGACGUUAUACACAGAAAGCUGUAAUAGGCUCUUUCAGAGAAUUCAUAGGCGAUAAAGCCGCGUGGUGUGGUGCGUGGAUAUCAAUGGUUACUUUCUUUAUUUCAUGUUAUUACUCUGUAGUACUAGGCUGGUGUUUUUACUAUGCUGUUUACUGUAUGGGUAAUGAGCUACCAGAAACAGCAGAAGAAAGUAGACAAAUAUUCAGAGACUAUGCUGAGGAGAGUUCGUGGCCUGUAUUGACGCAUGCUGUAGCUGUAAUAGUAGCAGGGUUUUCUGUGAUACAAGGAGUAAAGACGAUAGAGAAAGUUAACAUGGUGUUAGUCCCAUCUCUUCUACUCAUCAUCCUCUUUACCUUUAUAUGGAGUUUGACACGAGAAUACUCCAAUAUAGGUGUCACAUAUCUCUUCUCACCAAACUGGGAUUCGUUGAAAGAGCCACGUCUUUGGGUGGACGCUCUAAGUCAGAAUGCGUAUGAUACUGGAGCAGGCCAGGGCUUAAUGAUUCCCUAUUCUUCCUUCAUGACCAGAGAGAACGCAGUGGUUAAAUACGCCACCUUAAUACCAACCACAAACAACCUGAUCAGCUUGUUGUCGGCUAUCUUGAUAUUUUCUACCGUUUUCUCAACACUGACCCUAACCCGUCCACAGAUAGGAGAAACUCAGAUUGUUGAUAUUGUUAAAGACAGUGGUCCUGGUAGUACGGGACUAACAUUUAUAUGGAUACCUGUGCUAUUUUCAUCUAUCGGAACAUUUGGUAGAGUGUUAUGUGUUUUAUUCUUUAUUUGUCUAUCAUUUGCUGGAGUAACAUCUUUAAUUUCAAAUUUGGAACUCUCCACUCAUACACUGUAUGAUUUUGGAGUGCCUCGAAAGAUUGGCGCUCCAAUGACUGUGGUGGUGACGUUUUUAAUUGGUUUAAUGUCCGCAUUAAAUAUAGAUAUCUUAACCAAUCAGGAUUUUGUAUGGGGAUUUGCUCUGGUUGUAAAUGGUAUAAUGCUACAGAUUAUGGUAAUAUCAUAUGGUGUGAAUCAGUUCAGACAAACUGUUAUGAAUGAAUAUAGCUUAGAUGACUGGAAGUUACCUAGACUAUGGGGUUGGAUAGUCAAGUUUGUAGCACCAUUAGAAGCUAUAGUAUUAAUAGUAUGGUGGGCAAUAGAUCUUAUAUCUAAUGAAACGGCCGAGGGUGAAGAAUGGUAUGAGUUUGGUAGAGAAACAUUUAUAACAACUAUAACCCAGUGGGCUGUUUUGAUGGCGAUAUUAAUAACUGUAAAUCUAGUCGUGGAGCUAGUAUGGCGGAAACAGAGAGUUUUAAGUGACGAAUACGAGAUAAUAUACGAUCAAAAUUCUAUGGACAAUUUAUCCGAUCCGACAGAUCCUCCUUAUCCAAGUUAUGGAGCUAUCAGCGAUGACACAAAGUCACAGAAAUCAUACAAAGACAUAACAUUAUGA